AUGUCUUUCCUAUUUAGUGAGAUAUCUGUUGAUGAGUCAAUUGAAAAGACAGAAAAAGAAACUCUUAAUUAUUUAAGAAAAUUGUCUAAUUUACAAGAUUUACCACCAACUUUAAGGUCACAAUUAGCAAAUAAUGCUAAGUCACUUUCAAAGAAUGUUCAUGGAUCCCACAGAAAUACUGCCACAAAAUUUCAUUGUACAAAAUGUAGCCUGAUACUUACUAGUCAACUAACAAUAGUUAAAAUUACCAAGCGUUCUAGGAAGAAAAAGUUAUGUGAAAUGAAAUGUAAAGGUUGUGGCGCAGUGUUUUAUAAUAAUUUUUCUAAAAUAUCCAAAAAUAAAGAACUUCUUGAAGUAAAAUUAAAUGAAAAAGAAGAUAAAAAAAAUAAAGUAAUUGAUGAGCCUAAAAAUCAACAAAUUAUAAAACCGAAAGUAAAUAUCAAACCAAAGAAAAAGUUAUCCAAGUUACAGUUGAUGCUUCAAGAACAGAUAGAAUUAGACAAGUCAUCACAAAUUUCUACAUUUUUUGAUUCAUUUGCUUUAUGA